AGUGCGGUCCCUUGCUAAGUGUUGUGUUCGGUGGCUUGACUUGACCUCAGCGGCUGCGACUGCCGUGCCGAGUUUCUCAUCGAAGGACACACCUAGAAUUUAGUAACUAACAGUUUCGCCUUUCUUCUUGCAAAAAUGCUUUCUUCACUCAGAAUCGGCAGGUCAUUGGCCAACUCGUGGAUCACGGGGGUCAUUCAAGGAGCUCACCUCUCCACAGCUUCGGAGGCCUCUCAUACUGUGAUGCCCUACAAGCUCCAUCUUCUGGAGAAUGGCCCAAAUACAGAAGUUACUUACACCCGCGAAGAGGCCCUCAAGUUCUACAAACAAAUGAGGAUGAUUCGGGUGAUGGAGACCACAGCGGGAAACCUCUACAAGUCUAAGAUCAUACGGGGCUUUUGCCAUCUUUAUUCAGGACAGGAAGCUGUAGCAGUAGGAAUGGAGGCAGCAAUAACCCCGCAAGACUCAGUCAUCACAGCUUACAGAGCUCACGGCUGGACGUACGUCCGUGGCAUUUCAGUUCAUGGUGUCUUGGCAGAACUGACAGGUCGCAAGACUGGGUGUGCCAAUGGCAAAGGUGGAUCUAUGCACAUGUACUCACCUAAUUUCUUUGGAGGAAAUGGCAUUGUUGGAGCUCAGGUCCCCCUUGGUGCAGGAAUUGCUUUUGCGCACAAAUACCAGGAACAAGACAAUGUGUGUAUUGCCCUGUACGGCGAUGGUGCAGCCAACCAAGGGCAACUCUAUGAAGCCUUUAACAUGGCCAAGCUGUGGGAUCUUCCGUGCAUCUUUGUCUGUGAGAACAACGGUUUCGGCAUGGGCACAUCUGCCGAGAGAGCUGCAGCCAGCACGACCUACUACAAAAGAGGAGACUAUGUGCCGGGAUUGUGGGUUGAUGGCAUGGAUGUGUUGGCUGUGAAAGAAGCCACCCGCUUCGCUAAAGAUUUUGUGCUCAAGAACGGGCCCAUUCUCAUUGAGGCUGCUACUUACAGAUACCAUGGACACAGUAUGAGUGAUCCCGGAACAAGCUAUCGUACCCGUGAAGAGAUCCAGGAGGUCAGACAAACUCGUGACCCCAUUGGUAAAUUCAAGGAGGUCAUCAUUAACGCUGGACUGGUGACUAAUGAAGAGAUCAAGAAACUGGAGGAUGAGGUCAAGAAGGAGGUUGGUGAAGCAGCAGAGCUGGCCAAGACGGACCCUGAGCUUCCCCUUAACGAACUGUAUACUCACAUCUACGUGGACCCGCCCAAAGACAUGAAGGUCCGGGGCUGCGACGACUCGAUCUGGAGCGACACCCGAUGAAAAGCUGUUGAGAGUGAAAUCUUAAGCCUUUGGUGAUAUUCUGUUCAAAUAACUGUUGAUGUUGAGUUGACACUCUAGAGAUGUUUAGAAAUUCAUUGCCAAACGUGCAAUACUCUCAAGCUCAUGUUUGUUUUGUUUGGGUUUUUUUAAACAGGAGUUGGGUUUGUUAAUUUCGUGGUGGAAAUAACCUACUUGUGAUCUGCAGAAGAUAAUAGAUUUCCAGUUGCAGUGGCAAAAUUUUAUUAUGUCUCUUUGUUAUUAUUUAAAGGCAUUGGCAACUUUGCUGUCGCCGUGUUGAAAUCACAGAAUGUGAUGUCAUUUUUAGUUGAAAGAUUAUUUUAAUGUGUAACGGUAUCUUAAAAGAGUGUGAAAUAUUUACUGUUCACAUCAAGAGAGCCCCCAUUCGUUUAUUUCCUAUGUAAAGUGCAUCUUGUUGCCUCACUGCUGCUACUUUCACGGAGAGACAGAAAACAGCAAAGAGGGAUAACCCAAAGAAUCUCAUUGUACGCAGUAAGUGAUAUUGUCAUGUACGGAGUUGAGAAAAGCUGAGGUUUAUUCUAGUUUAGUGGAUGCUGUGGAGACGGUAUUCACGAGGCUUUGAUACCUUUAUUUUCUGUAUCAAUCAAUUGUGUUUGCUGUAUAUUUUUUUUGCCUCCGGAGUAGUAUGGCAGUGGGUGAAUGUGCUGUACUCAGAACUUUUUUGUACAGGAGAAGCUUUCUCAGACACUCAGACUGAGAUAUGUACAAUUCAUGUCAUGAGAUUUAGAGAAUUGCUCAUAACACGCUAAAAUAAACCAUUAGAACAUA